AUACAUUUGCCCAAGAUGCCGUGCAGUGGGGGUGCAAAGAAAAUUCUAUAUGUCAGUUUAAGAACAACUCAGCUACACAUAAGACCACCUCUCACUUCCAUAAUCAUCCCUCAGCUUUGUCACCCAGCUGUCUCAAUAGAUAUCAAAAUCACGUGGUUACAUUAUUUCCUGGUUAUUUUCGUAAUGGAGCUGCUAUCCUGGCUAACUUUGGUCUUUCUCUACGGAUAUGUCAACGGUCAACCCAAUUUUAUCAUUAUGCUCAUGGAUGAUAUGGGUUGGGGAGACUUGGGAAUUUUGGGGGAACCCAACAAAGAGACACCCAACAUUGAUGAAAUGGCUUCACAGGGAAUGCUACUGACAGACUUUUAUUCAGCCAACCCAUUGUGUUCUCCUUCUCGAGCUGCCUUGCUCACAGGACGUCUUCCUAUCAGAAAUGGAUUCUAUACCACUAAUGCACAUGCUCGUAAUGGUUAUACACCCCAAGUUAUUGUAGGGGGCAUCUCUGACCAUGAGAUUUUGUUGUCUGAACUUCUUGAAAAGAAAGGCUACCAAAGCAAAAUCAUUGGCAAAUGGCACUUGGGUCAUCAAGAAAAAUACCAUCCUCUAAGACAUGGCUUUCAAGAAUGGUUUGGCUCCCCUAACUGCCAUUUUGGUCCUUAUGAUAACAUAGAGACACCAAAUAUUCCUGUUUAUCGAGACUGGAAUAUGACAGGAAGAUAUUAUGAUGAUUUCAAAAUAAAUAGGAAAACUGGUGAAUCAAAUCUGACUCAGAUCUAUAUCGAGGAAGCAGAAAGAUUUAUUGAAAUACAAGCCAAGAAACAGCUACCAUUUUUCUUAUAUUGGGCUGUAGAUGCUACACACGGUCCUGUUUAUGCUUCUCCCCAGUUUCUUGGCACCAGUCGUCGUGGACUCUAUGGAGAUGCUGUUAAAGAACUUGAUUAUGGUGUUGGACGUAUCUUGAAAACUUUAUCCAAAUUCAACUUAGCUAAAGACACGUUUGUAUUUUUCUCCUCUGAUAAUGGUGCUGCCACCUAUGCAAAAUCUCAUGGAGGCAGUAAUGGACCUUUUCUUUGUGGAAAACAAACAACAUUUGAAGGUGGAAUGAGAGAGCCUGCUGUUGCAUGGUGGCCUGGUAAAAUUCCAGCUGGAGUUGUUUCUCAUCAGUUGGGAACUUUGAUGGAUUUGUUUUCCACUGUGUUAGAUUUUGCCAAUAUUCCAAUACCAACUGAUCGAAUCAUCGAUGGAAUCAGUCUGAAAGAAACAUUGCUCUCGAACCAUAUUACAGACAGACCAAUUUUUUACUACCGUGGCAAUCAAUUGAUGGCUGUUCGUCAUGGUGACUAUAAAAUUCAUUUGUGGACUUGGACAAAUUCACUGGAAGAAAAGAAAAGAGGUGUUGAGUUUUGUCCUGGUGAAUUUAUAUUAAAUGUCACUACCCACAAGCAAGUAAACCAUACAUCAAUGCCAUUGUUAUUUAAUAUUGCUGUCGACCCAGGUGAAAAAUAUCUAAUCAGGUAUACUCAUCCUACCUAUCAUUCUGUUAUGCCUGAAUUCCAGAAAAUAGUAUGGAAACAUCUCGAAGAUUUGGUUCCUGGUAAGCCUCAACUUAAUUGGUGUGAUAAAGCAAUACAGAACUGGUCACCUCCAGGCUGUGAAAAAUUACAAGAGUGUUUGAAAGGACCGCCAUCCAAACCUCAUCUUUGUGUAUGGCCUCAUUAAAGAUAAGGUCUACCUCAAGUAUUCCAUUUCCAUUUUAACCCCCACAUUUUUUUUUUUUGUUACUGUAUUUCUGUUGAAACACUUUGUUUUAAUUAAUUUUCAAAAAUAAUGAAGAAAUUACUGAUAUCACAUUUUCUUUAUUAAGCUGGUGUUUGGGAUAUAAAUUAACAUGAAAUUUUA